UCUCUCUCUCUCUCUCUAGACUUUCUCUCUCUUCUUUUUUAUUUUCACUUUUUUCGUUCUCCUCUGCUCUGUGUCCAUUUCUGGUGGUUCUUUUUUCUCUUUUGCCCUGAAGAGGGCUUUUCUGUCGGCACAAUCACUGCCAUUCUUCCGGUGUUGGGACUUGCUCACAUUGGAAUGUGUGAAGAAAAGGGAACACACUGGAUUGUUGCAGGUUGUCUAGACUUAUUUGACUGCCUAUUGAGAUAGUUGUUUUGGGAUUUGAAACGUAGUGAUGGACCAGAAGACUUGGCUUUGGAGGAAGAAAUCGUCUGAGAAGAUCACUGUUUCUAGUGAUAAACUGAAUCUCUCUGUGAAUAAAAAUGAAGAAGAGACACUUCUUAUCGACAAGGCACGGUUGGAGAAAGAUCUCGAGCUUGCAAACGAUAAGCUUUCUGUAGCUCUCUCUGAAUGCAAGACAAAAGAUGAACUUGUGAAGAAACUUACAAACAUGGAACAAGAAGCCAUUGCAAGAUGGGAAAAAUCAAAAUCUGAAGCAGCAGACUUAAAACAAGAACUCAAUGAUGCUGUACAAAAGAGGCUUGCUGGUGAAGAGAGAGUGAUUCAUCUCGAUGCAGCGUUAAAAGAAUGCAUGCAGCAGCUACGUUUUGUUCGAGAAGAGCAAGAGAAAAGGAUUCAUGAUGCCGUCUCAAAGACGUCGAAUGAAUUUGAAAGAUCCCAAAAGAUUUUGGAGGAUAAGUUAGACGAUACUGGUAAAAGGCUAUCGAAGUUGAGCGGCGAGAACACGCAACUUAGCAAGGCUUUGUUGGUGAAGGAAAAGAUGAUUGAAGAUCUAAAUAGACAGUUGGGUGGCUUGGAGACGGAUCUUAAUGCGUUAGUAUCUCGAUUAGAAUCCACAGAGAAAGAAAACGGUACACUAAAAUAUGAAGUUAGAGUGCUCGAGAAGGAGGUCGAGAUUCGGAAUGAGGAGAGGGAAUUUAAUAGACGAACGGCUGAUGCAUCGCAUAAGCAACAUUUGGAGAGUGUGAAAAAGAUUGCGAAACUCGAAUCAGAGUGUCAAAGGCUGCGCCUUCUCGUACGGAAAAGGUUGCCAGGUCCUGCAGCCUUGGUUAAGAUGAAAAAUGAAGUUGAAAUGCUUGGACGGGAUUCAUUUGAGAUCAGAAGACGGCCGAAGAAUCCAACAGGUUCCUUGGACUCUUCGCUCGAGAACUCCCCGGAGACUCCGAGCAGACGUAUUAACGUUCUAACCUCCAGAGUGUCAGCAUUGGAAGAUGAAAACAGUGCUCUCAAGGAAGCUCUCAACAAAAAGAAUAAUGAACUUCAAGUUGCGAAAAUCAUGCACGCUCGUACGUCUCCAAAACCGUUGCACGUUGAAUCACCACACGAAUUAUCAAAUGGCUAUAAACUCAUGGAAUCAGGAAAGAGUAGUCUAACAGUACCCGAGCUCCCUCAUGCUUCGAUGUCUGACACCGGGAGCGACGAUAAGGUCAGCUGUGCCGAAUCAUGGGCUUCUGCAGUGAUUUCAGAAUUGGAUCACUUCAAAAAUGGUAAGCAGAAAGGGUCAUCAACAACAUGUAAAGUAGUUGGAUCUUCUGAUUUGGAUCUAAUGGAUGACUUUGUUGAAAUGGAAAAAUUGGCUAUUGUCUCUGUCGAAAAGUCUUCUGCAAAUUCUCGAAUUAUUUCAAAUGAAGUCGAUGGAAAACCCGAGUCAUUGGAAACCGAGCUAAACGGAUAUCACCCUGAACCAAUGUCGAAGGAGACAGUCCAGAGGUCUAAUAGUAAUCCCGGCUCCUGUUUAACAUGCCCCGAUUGGCGUCAAAGUAUCUUGAAAAUGGUCUUCGACCAAAGUAGUUUCUCGAAAAGAGCCCCUGAACUGAUACUGGAGGAUAUUCGAGCAGCGAUGAAAUACGAUAAUCCAGAAAAUUCUACUGAUACAAAAGGUAGCAUGUUGAAGCAUGACCAGCAAGAGGGUCUAUGUGGUUCGGUAUCGAGAUUGAUUGAGCUCGUAGAAGGGAUUAGUGUGACAUCUUCUGAUGAUAACAACUUGUCCUCGAGAACGGAUGGUAGUUUCUAUUCUGAAACACCUACAGGCUAUACGGUUCGAGUUCUCCAAUGGAAAACGUCUGAACUCAACACUAUUUUGAAGGAGUUUAUACAGAUCUGUUAUGAUAUGUUGAAUGGAAAGGCAAAUAUUGACAACUUUCUUCAAUCACUAAAUUCCACUUUGGAUUGGAUUAUGAACCAUUGUUUUUCACUUCAAGAUGUUUCAAGCAUGAGAGACUCCAUAAAGAAGCAUUUCAAUUGUGAGGAUUCGCGUAGCGACGGUGAUCUGGAAAUCGGGAUGAACGUUCAUGUUUCAGAAGUCGAUAAAUCAUGUGUUCCUACAGAACAGAUUUCAUGUUUGAAAAAGGAUACCGUUUCAAAUGACCAUAACGCCCCAACGGGAGAGCUGCAAUCGAGAUUGUCAGAAGAAAAUAAAGAACCGAAAGAAGAGCUAACAAGUGUAGAAACUGCGAAGAAAGGUCACGAAACAUUACCGAAUCAACUUCAAGAAUCUGAGAAGAACAUUGUCAACUUGCAGGAGGAAAGUCAAACUGUCGAUCAGCGCUCGGUGAAUCGAGAUCUGGAUGAAGAGCUUACGGCUGCUCGAAAUGAACUCAAUGAGAGUCGUAGAAAGUUUGCAGCUCUAGAAGUUGAAUUGGACAAUAAGAACAAUUGCUUUGAAGAACUGGAGGCCACAUGCCUUGAACUGCAACUUCAGUUAGAAAGCACACGGAGACAAAACCCGAGCACGGAUCUCGGUCAGGAAGAGAAGCAACUACGCACGGAAUGGGAGAUAACAACUGCUUCUGAAAAACUAGCAGAAUGCCAAGAGACAAUUCUUAACCUUGGGAAGCAGUUGAAGGCUUUAGCUACACCCAAAGAAGCUGCAAUUUUAGACAAGGUCAUCCCCACUCCAAACAACGAAACGCAAACACUUAGCAUCUCCGACACCCCAACCACCAACCCGGUGACCGACACGACAUUGAUCCCAACUGUUUCCGAUACGAAGAUGACAAACAAUCGGUUCUCUCUAUUAGAUCAAAUGCUUGCAGAAGACGACACGUUCCCUAGAGAUCAUAAAAUUCCAAAGCCAAUAGAAGUUGCAGAUCCACAGAAAGCAAUUCUGAUAUGGAAUGGGCAUAAAAAUGGCAUCGACAAGGAUAGAGUUGGUAAUUUGGCUAUCGUACCGAGCAGAAAACGGGGAGACGGGCUGUGGAGGAAGCUGUUAUGGAGAAAGAAGAAAGUGAGGAGCCAGAAAAAGAGCCUUCUACUUGCAGCAUGAAAGCGGGGUUAGUGGUUUUUUUGGUUUGGUUUUGUUUUGUGUGGUGAUUGUUGUUUGUUUUGUAAUGGUUGAAUGAUUUGUGUUGUACAUAUAACGUGUAAACCUACCCUUUCAUAAACUGCAUUGCACAUUGUAUCCAUUUGAUGAACAUAUAACCUUAUAUGCUGAGUUGCUGACACUUUGUAAAUCUAUAAGAAGGAUAGGAUACUGAUGUGACAUGGAUGGUGUAAUAUACGUCUACCGACCGCAAAUUUUAUGUUA